ACGCUCUGAGCGCCGGUGUUUAGUAACGCAUACCGGACAGUUCGGGUACGUACGUGGUCGCGGUCGUCGUCGUGUGGACACAGCUCUGCCUUACCAGUUCGUGUCCAUCGAUCAGGAUUUAGGUACGAUUGUAUGAGUUGUAUCACUCGCGUACAGUACGGUUCUACGAAUUCUGCUAUACAUCGUUUUCACGUCRACAGACAGUAGUAAUUUGGCACACCACAUCGGCUCGAAACGGUACACAGGGUAUCGACCAAUAACCACGUUAUUGGUACCUAUAACCAACCCGUCCGCGUCAGAUUUGAGAUUCGUAUCACACUGCCGUCAAUAUUUUAUCAUCCAACGACCACCGAGCGUCUCAAUCUUCAUCACACCGUGCACAUCGCCGCUCUUGCAGCAGCUGGUUUCCCGUCGUAUCCGCGUUUAUGCGCAUUAAGUUAUAAUCACCUCUCAAACCUUCUCAUUCAGAUCAAGGACACAACACAAUGAGUACUACCAGGAGACAAAGCAAAGAGAAAAUUGAAGAAUCAUGUUUUCGUCAUAAUUUGCUUACUAUAUUGACAAUAGCUUCCGUAGGUGGUGGAGUGAUUUUAGGAUUUAUUUUAAAAGGAUCUAAAGCAGAAUGGACAAAACGCGAAAUAACGUAUGUACAAUUCCCUGGCGAUAUUUUCCUUCGUAUGUUGAAAAUGUUGAUCGUCCCGUUACUGGUAUCGUCUAUUGUAUCGGCUAUCGGAUCGUUGGAUUUAUCUUUGUCUAAGAAAAUUGGCUUCCAAUCAAUUGCUUAUUAUGCAGCGACCACGUCGAUGGCAGUUUUGCAAGGCAUAUUUUGGGUGAUGUUGAUACAUCCAGGUAAAAUUAUGAGUCAGGCAGAGCAAACGGCAAGCGUACAUCAAGAAACUAGACCAAUCACUACUGUCGACACUAUAUUAGACUUAAUAAGAAAUAUAUUUCCGGCCAAUCUCGUUGAAGCAACUAUAUCGACUUACCGGACAGUACUUAUCCCUCCUAAAGCCUUAUCAAAUUCAACAGUUAACGCUACUGAUAUGACAUUAUGGGAAAUAAAAUCAGAAAUGGUUGAAGGAUCUAACGUGCUUGGAUUAGUCGCAUUCUCUGUAGCUUUUGGUAUAUGUAUUGGAAAAUUGGGACCCACAGGAAAGCCACUUCUAAGCUUUUUCGAUAGUUUGGGUGAAGCUGUGAUGUUAAUGACCAACUGGGUUAUAUGGUUAUCGCCAAUGGGUGUGCUAUUUUUAGUAGCAUCCAAAGUAUUGGAAUUGGAUGAUUUUGGCGUGAUUGUUGGUAGAUUAGGAAUGUAUUUCUUAACAGUUGUGCUUGGAUUAUUCGUUCAUGGAUUUGUUCUAUUACCACUUAUGUACAGUUUAUUCACACGUCAAUUACCAUUCCAAUUCACAUUAAACAUGGGCCAAGCUAUCAUAACAGCAUUCGGAACAGCUUCCAGUUCUGCGUCUUUACCAAUUUCAAUGGCCUGUCUAGAAGAAAACAAUAAAAUUGACGUCCGAGUUUCGCGUUUUGUAAUGCCCAUUGGAGCAACAAUCAACAUGGAUGGUACCGCCUUAUACGAAGCAGUGGCUGCAAUUUUUAUUGCUCAACUGAAAGGCAUACAAUUAAGUUUUGGUCAAAUUGCAGCUGUAAGUGUGACAGCUACAAUGGCAUCUAUUGGAGCAGCUGGAAUUCCUCAGGCAGGAUUAGUUACAAUGGUGAUGGUUUUGGACACAUUAGGACUACCAGCAGAUGAUGUAUCAUUGAUCAUUGCUGUAGAUUGGUUGCUUGACCGAUUCAGAACUACUGUGAAUGUGCUUGGAGACGCAUAUGGUGCUGGAAUUGUUGCCAAACUGGCAGAAAACGAUUUGGAAAUUUUGUCGUCCAAUGGAACUGUGGAAGAAGGUAAAGUGCCCAACGACGAAUGGCACACAACAUCUAUGUAGACACAAUCAGCCAUUUUUAUUUUCGUUUUGUGACUACUAUAUUUUCUAAUUCCCGUUCUGUUUUAGAACCUUUAAACUUAAUCUUAUUAAGAAUGUACCAUCAUUUUUAUUAUUAAUCAGAUUAUAUUGUUUUGUUUAUUGUUUUUAACGAAAUAAAAUCAAAUUAGUUUUAGACAUAAUUAUUAUACUUAUUUUGAUUAUUGUAAUCCAUUAUUAAUAACAACAUUUUUAUUACUAUUAAGAAUAAAUUGUUCAUCAAAAACAUAUAGGUAGAUAACAUACCUAAGAUUACUAAUAAUAAUUGUAAAUAAUCAUCUGAAAUGUACCAUACUUUUUAAUACAUCUAAUCUAAGAGGUUAGGAAGUUUAAAUUCUCUUAGAUUAAGUACCUAUACUAAAUGUUUAAAUUUCCAAAAAAAAUGUUCAACAAGUUAUUUAUUGUACACCAAAAUUACUCAUAAUCUAUUUUGUAUUUAAAUUUUAACUAUCCACGAUAAAAUCAUACAACCAUCAUGAAAUAUGAUUAUAAGUUACUAAUGAAAUUCAUUUUUAAAAAUAAGUUUAUGUAAAAUAAUACUAUAUAUGUUUCCAAUACUAAACAUAAACAAACAAAUAUCAUUAAAAUAAUACUAUGAUCUGUUACAUAGGUAAGCUUUUGCAUCUCAAUUCAG